AAUAGAAGUCCAUAUGUCUCUCGGAGUUCCAAUAAAUGGCUCACGAACCUCCACCAACCAGCCCUCAUCUAUUCAAACUUGCGCCGCCGUCGCUCCGUCUGAUCUCCGGCGAUCGGCCGCCGGUGGAGUGUCGCAGUUCUCCGGUCAGGUUGUUUUCUCCUGGUGAUCACAAGUAAUUGUCCUGUUCAGUUGUCUUGCUAGGGGUUAAACUACAAUGGUGUCGAUCCUUAAUCAGACAGAGGAAUUACAUGAAUCGUCCAAUGUCCUUGGACACAUCAGAUGCGGAAGCUACUUCCUGUUUUCUGGAGAAACUACUCUUUCGGAUGGUUUCCGUGCAACCUUAUACUUUCUCGGUCUUGCCUACUGCUUUAUCGGGUUGUCCGCCAUUACUGCACGGUUCUUCCUGUCUAUGGAGAAUGUCGUGAAACAUUCUCGCAAAGUAGUGGAGAUAGAUCCUGUUACUAACUCAGAAAUCAUCACAUACAAGAAAGUCUGGAACUUUACGAUUGCAGACAUCAGUUUGUUGGCCUUCGGAACCAGCUUUCCUCAAAUCUCAUUGGCUACCAUUGAUGCAAUACGAAAUGUCGGGGAGCUGUACGCAGGAGGUCUCGGUCCGGGAACGCUUGUUGGUUCUGCCGCAUUUGAUCUUUUCCCCAUCCAUGCUGUUUGCGUGUUAAUGCCAAAGGCCGGAGAAUUGAAAAAGAUUGCCGACUUAGGCGUCUGGCUAGUGGAGCUGAUUUGGUCUUUCUGGGCUUACAUCUGGCUCUACAUAAUCCUCGAGGUUUGGUCACCAAAGGUUAUUACACUUUGGGAAGCCUUGUUGACAGUACUGCAAUAUGGAUUGCUUUUGCUGCAUGCUUAUGCCCAAGACAAGCGUUGGCCUUACUUAUCGUUACCUAUGCCGAGGGGCGAUAGGCCAGACGAGUGGGUUCCGGCGGAGAUCGAUCCAUCUAAAGAAGAUAAUGAUGUUUAUGAUGGUUAUGAUGAUAUCGCUCGGACAGAGCUGGGGAACAGAAACAUUGUUGAUAUUUUCUCAAUUCAUUCGGCUAAUGAUUCAGGGGUAAACUAUCAUGCAGUGUCAGAUGUUCCGCCUGAAUCUUCCCGCACGAAGGCCAAUGCCGAGAAUUCAAAUGUGUUUUCCAUUUGGAAGCAACAGUUCAUGGACGCACUCGUGCUGGAAACAGCAGAAGCAAGGAAAGUGGACAGUGUGCUUCUACGGAUUGCGAAAUUGUUCUGGCAACUAAUUCUUGCACCUUGGAGGCUUCUGUUUGCAUUUGUGCCGCCUUGCCACAUCGCUCACGGUUGGGUCGCCUUCACAUGCUCGCUCAUGUUCAUCAGCGGAGUUGCUUACAUCGUGACUCGGUUCACAGAUCUUAUAAGCUGCGUCACCGGGAUAAACCCAUAUGUGAUAGCGUUCACAGCACUGGCGGCUGGAACGUCGUGGCCAGACUUAGUAGCGAGUAAAAUCGCUGCUGAGCGUCAGCUAACUGCCGACUCUGCCAUUGCCAACAUCACUUGCAGCAACUCGGUGAACAUAUACGUCGGGAUAGGGGUGCCAUGGCUGAUAGACACAGUCUACAACUAUGUCGCGUACAAAGAGCCGUUGUACAUACAGAACGCGACAGGGCUGAGCUUCUCGCUGCUCAUGUUCUUCGCCACGUCAGUGGGGUGUAUAGCUGUUCUCGUGUUGAGGCGUUUGGUCCUGGGAGCGGAGCUGGGUGGGCCCAGGGUGUGGGCCUGGUUGACUUCCGUCUAUUUCAUGCUCCUCUGGCUCGUCUUCGUCACCCUCUCCUCCCUUAAAGUUUCGGGCCUCAUAUAAAAAAAAAUAAAGGGUUUUUGUGUUUUUUAUCAUUAGGGCUAAUUUCGUAAUAUGGCCAAAAUGUGUGUUACAAAGCAGAAACUUACUCAGUGAUAUUCAAUAAUUGAGAUGCAACUGGAGGGUUACAUAGAAAAUGUUCUCCGAAGGCAAAUUUUUGCCUCUUGCUUGCAGA